UUUUAUUUUAAUUCAACGGGUUUCUGCUAAGGUAUUGCUUGGUACAGCAAUCUGCAGAGGUGGGAAAGAAAAAGGAAAAAUAGCUACAUUCACCUCUCUGCAGAUUCAGUAAUAAUUUGAGAAGAUGGGACAAAUGUUAAUUAUUUUAGAAUUUAAUCAUACAUAGGAGGAAAUAAUUUUAUUGAUCCAAACACAGAAGUAGGUCCUCCAUCUUGUAAAUUGAAAUGAACUCCCCACACUUAAAGUUGAGAUCUUUGUAAAGUUUACAAUCGGUAUUAUGAAAUGCAGCAUGACAACAUAUUCUAUAUUUUUUUCAGUUAUAGAUGAUGCAACUUGCAAAACAUUCCUGAACAGGAAACAAGAAGAAAGUAUAGAAAUUUAACACAAUCAUUAUACCUCUUUAUUCAUCACAGUGACAUCAUUCCACUAUUUUUCAUCUGUGCUCAUAUCUUCCAUCAAAUAUUGGGUAAACCAAAGUGUGUAGGAAGAAAUAAGUGUUUUUCAUAGCCAUUACUCUCUGCAAUGGGAGUGCUAUCGCUCAAACACAUCUUUUCUGAGGGCUUUUUUGAGUCCAAUGGACUAUCCCAGACAGUUUUUGCCUUCUUUCUGAUUCCAUGUUGCUUGAGUCUGAAUUUCAUAGCACCCCCUCUUCUACCAAAUAUACCUUUCCUCUGGGCCUGGAAUGCCCCAAUUGAUGUUUGUGAUAAAAAGUUUAAUGUGCCUUUAGAUCUCAGCCUCUUCUCUUUACUAGGAAGCCCCCAAAAAGAUGCCACAGGGCAAGAUGUUACAAUAUUUUAUGUAGAUCGACUUGGCUACUAUCCUCAUAUAGAUGUAAAGACAGGCGAAAGUGUGUAUGGAGGAAUCCCCCAGAGUGGGUCCUUAAAAGAACAUUUGGAGAAAGCUAAAAAAGACAUUGCCUAUUACUUGCCAAUAGACAAGGUGGGCUUAGCUGUUAUUGACUGGGAAGAAUGGAGGCCCACCUGGAUAAGAAACUGGGCACCUAAAGAUAUUUACAGGAAUCGGUCUAUUGAGUUGGUUCAGCAACAAAAUGUAAGCCUUAAUGCCAAAGAUGCUGCCAAGGUAGCCAAAGAAGAGUUUGAAAAGGCAGGAAAGACUUUCAUGCAAGAGACUUUAAAACUGGGAAAAUUACUUCGACCAAAUCACUUAUGGGGUUAUUAUCUUUUUCCUGAUUGUUACAACCAUCAUUAUAAUAACCCUGGUUACAAUGGAAAUUGCUACGAUAUCGAAAAGCGUAGAAAUGACGAUCUCGAAUGGCUGUGGAAGGAAAGCACUGCCCUUUUCCCAUCCAUCUAUUUCAACAGCAUCUCAUCUGUUCGAGGAGCUGCACUCUUUGUCCGUAACCGUGUUCAGGAAGCCAUUAGGGUUUCUAAAGUACGUGAUGCUAAAAAUCCAGUUCCGGUUUAUGUAUAUGCUCGCCCAGUUUAUACUGAUCUAACUACGAGGUAUCUUUCAGCGGUUGACCUCUUGCAUACACUUGGCGAAACUAUUGCUCUGGGUGCCUCUGGAAUUAUAAUAUGGGAAGGCCUUAAUUUAAUGCGAACUGCGGUAACUUGCGAGGACCUAGAAGAUUACGUGAAGGAUACAUUGAAUCCUUACAUAAUCAACAUCACUCUAGCGGCCAAAAUGUGUAGCCAAGCGCUUUGCCAGGGGCAAGGAGUGUGUGUAAGGAAACAGUGGAAUUCAAGUGACUAUCUUCACCUGAACCCAGUGAAUUUUGUUAUUCAAAUGGAGAAGGGUGGACUGUACACUAUAAACGGAAAACCCACACUUGCAGACCUGGAGCAAUUUUCUGAAAACUUUGAUUGCAGCUGCUAUACCAACAUGAAUUGUACGAAGACAGUUGAUGUAAAAGGCAUUCAUGCAGUUGAUGUGUGUAUUGCUGAAGGUAUUUGUAUAGAGGCCUCACUAAAGUCAGAAACCAGUUAUCCUAACAGUGGGUAAGGGGAACCUUACCUCAUUUCCGACAAUGUCCCAUCCUCCACACUGUCUGCCACAAU